CUGGGCUCCAACCACAACCCACUGGCAAUCAAAGGGAAAGCAACGUCCGAGUCCUGCCACUUGGAAAUCUGCCUUAUAGAACGACUCGCAGCUUCCCCUGCAGCCACCACUCUCAAUUGGCCCCUCUACGACAGUCUUCGAGGCAAUGUUGUCCUCGUGUUGGGCCGUUGCACAAAUGUGCGAGCAGCGCGGUUUCAUACCUCACGGUCUUUGUUCUGGAACCCUUCUGAGCGGCUGCAGCAUCGCCUGCUAUUGGACGAGAUCAUGACCAAGGGGGAACACGGCUUAGAGCGCUAAGCAAGGGGGAUUGCUGCCUGCUUUGUUGACUUACAGCACAUCAGCGCUUAGCUUUCGACCGGCGCAAGGCAGCCAGUGCCCAAGACAGCUCCCAUGGACGCCAGAAAAGGCAGCCGAUCAUACUGGUUGGCAAGAUGCUGGGUGUAUCACCCUGCUACGGUCAGCCGCCUCCCUCCCCUCAGUCUCAGCCGCAUUCGAUGACCUGUUGAAACCCCGCGGCGUGAUAACCUGAGCAGGGCGAAAAGUUGGUGUUCUUUGUACCAGGCACUUCCAAUAUCGUCACUGUGGACAUUGAGGCGACGCCGUCGCUUCUCAACGUCGCUCCCUCUUGCUUUGCUAAAGGCAUUCUAGUCACAUGGGUUCUUCUCGGUAACCUCUGUCUCUGCCCUCGGUCCUUUACAGCUUCCUGGCAACGAACCUUGCCCCCUUUCCAAAAUGGAAGCCCUCGUCGCGUUGGGUUUGGUCUCUAACAUUGUCCAGCUUGUGGACGCUUCGUGGACGCUAUUUGAGGCUUACAGACAGUUCCGCGAUCGAGGAACAACCACGGAGCUAGAGGCCACGAACUUCAAAAGCCAACAAAUAACAGGAUGCAUUAUCGAACUGAAAAACUCGCUGGCAAAUGCCGCAAACGGCUCCAGCCUUCCACAUAGUGACGUGAAUCUCAUAACGCUUGGCACUGACUGUGCCGGAGUCGCCGAGCAACUUCGAAAGGAACUCGUCGACUUCGAGAUUCCACCAGGAUCAGGUGGAUGGACCGCGUUCAAGACCUCUGUGCGACUGAAGGAAAAAUGGAGCAGGAUCAAACAGUUGAAGUACAAGCUUGACCAAUACGUCAGCGUUCUAGACUCAAUAGUUCUUGUCAAUAUGAGCCGAAAUGUGCGCAACAUUGACAAGCAUAUAAUUGACCGCCUCAGCCAGUCGGAACAAGUAAUUGUGGAACGACUCGUCAAUGGCAAUACAAGUAUUGGGGCCAUGGUUAAGUCCCUGCAUGAGGAGACUAGGAAACACAUUACCAAAGCCCUUGCUGUCACAGCUGGGCACAUCGAAAGAAAAGUCGAUCAAUUGCGUGACGACCAAAACCAACGCGAGGAAUUCAAAAACUUUCUCAAAAGUCUGCACUUUGAGGAGAUCCACCUUCGCCAAAACAACAUCGAGCCAGCGCAUAAAGCUACUUUUGAAUGGAUUCUCAGGGAAAAUGUUGAUCAUGUGAAGCGGUGGAGCAGUUUCCUUGAAUGGACUCGCAACGACAGCCCAAUCUACUGGGUCCUCGGGAAACCCGGUUCUGGAAAAUCCACUUUGAUGAACUUCCUUGUACAGGAUCCGAGAACAAAAGCUGCACUUACGCCGGCCUCCUCGAACCUCCCGCCGCUGUUUCUUACUUUUUUCUUUUGGGAAGCGGGUGUUGACCUCCAAAAGAACGAGAUUGGACUUUUACGUUCACUGAUUUGGCACAUAUUAACGUUGCUGGAGUCGGCUGCCUCUCUUCAGAUAUGGGAAGAUGUUGUCAGGCCACACAUGACCUUGAUUAACCCUGGUGCCUGGACGAAAAAACAACUUCUGCCGCUUCUUCGGCUAGUGAUCACCAAGUUACCCAACCGAAUUUGUCUCUUUCUCGACGGCUUGGAUGAGUUUCCAGGUUUGCAAGACCAGUUUGAGCCGCUCGAAGACGUUCUCGAUGUCUUCCGCGAGCAAUGUGGCGUCAAGAUAUGCAUUUCCAGCCGGCCUUCCACGGCCCUUGAGCCCCUGUACGGCGAUGAAGACUGUCCUAAGCUUCAUCUGCAGUAUUUAACCAGAGAUGAUAUCGAACGGUACGUCCAGGACAAUCUGACGCGCCAUCCAAGAAUAGCCGUUCUCUCCGGCUCAUCUUCGGGAGCCUCCUCCGCCCGAUUGGUGAAGGAGGUGGCAGACCGAGCCGAAGGCGUCUUUCUCUGGGUUCGGCUGGCUAUACAUUCUUUACUUCGAGGGCUCCGAAACGAUGAUGAUCACGAAGCAUUGUUCCGCCGUCUGGAGGAGGUCCCCAAAGAAAUUUUCGAUGUCUAUACUCACUUGUGGAAGAGGAUGCCCGAUUAUGACCUUUACGCCAAGGAGAUCGCACUUUAUCUUCAUUUGGCACAACACGAUGACGGACUGAGCCUAGUCGAAUAUGCUAUCACCAGUGACGAAAAGCUGCAGGACGAAUACUUGGACGCUUCAAUGCCCCUCAACCUAGAGCAAUGGGGAAGAAACAUUGACCCUAAGAGAUCGCAAAAAAGGUUAGUCGCUUGCUGUUCCGGAUUUUUGGAGGUUCGCGACCGCGAGCCAUAUGUCGGUAAGGGCUUCGGGAUACGCGGGAGUUGGCAAUGGGAUCUUGAAAAGAGUGUCAUUGGCCAGUAUCCAACUACAGUCGACAGGUUGCUCGACCUUCGCUGGAGCCACCAAACUCUCAGAGUUUCGUUCAUGCAUCGGACGGCAAAAGAGUAUCUCAAAACACCUUCAGGUCAACAGCUGCUCAACGCUAGACCAAUGUCAGAGAAAGAACUCGCAGAACUGAGAUUUAGGUGCGACUUGGUGUGGGCAUUGUGCCUUGUCAGGAUCCCCACGCCUGAAGACGCAAGAUACAUCUGCCGCAGAUUCUUUAAGUCCAGGCCGGACUGCGAUUCCGAGCGUCAUGAUAGAUUCAGAACACUGUUGAGCUUGGAGAAGACAUGUGACAGAUUGGUAGCAUUAGGAUUUGCUGAAAGAUUCGAGGACAUGUUGUGGCCCACCCUUGUUGGAGACAUCGAUUAUGUCAAAGCCUUUCUGGAACUGGAUUGCUUGGAAUACACAAGACACAAACUCGAGACCUCGGGAUUGAAACAUGACUCGGACUACUUGACCGACCUACUUCGGUUUGCCGUCAAUCACGAUGCCGCGUAUUCGCUGUGCAAAAUGCAAUCGUUCUUGAUUGGGCUUGGUGCGGAUGUUAACAGUAUGCUGACUUCGAAACGGUACACCGACUGCAAGCCCUUCACAAUAUGGCAAAAAAUUCUAGGUAGGUACAAAUUUGUAUCACCUGAGGUGCUGGAUCUUUUGGACGUCUGUUUGGAAGCCGGCGCAAACCUCUGCAUCAACAGCCCCGUUUACUUUGCUUGCUGCGGUGGAUCAGGUAACCGCAUAUAUACUGCGUCAAAUCCCGACAGCUGGAAGAGACCACACUUGGUGGAUUUCAUUCUCAUCGGAGCGGAUGCCUUACAGGUCCUGACUGCCUUUGGAUGCUACAAGGCUCUUCAAACCAUCCAGUGUGUCGAGGCUAGAACACGACGUGGCAGCUUGAGACACGUUGUUCUAUGCUGUCAGCCCAAUUGGCGAGUGGUACCCGCCCGGUUUUGUGAACGGCUGAUAAACGUGGGCUUAUCAGAAAGACGGAUCGAAGAGGCGGAGCUGAGCCGCGCCUUUUCCCGUCCAGAUACGGAGUGUUUCGAAAAUGGGCGCGAUGCUCUCCAUGCCGCUGGCUGGAAUGACGAAGAGAUCAAAGAUUACGGCCUGCUGCUUGAGAAACAGCUAGCCGCAGCGGCAAAGGCACAGAAACGGAGGCAGAAGGCAGAGCAGCGAUCUAGGACGCGGAGUGACAAGACUUCGGCGACAAUCCCUUCCUAGUCGAUCCACCUACAAUUGCAAGCUUUAACAGCAUGCUGCGGCUCAAACAUGCAUGCUUAAAAGUUAAGGAUGCCCGGCGGGCUCGAUUGUUGGCGUGUCUCCUGCCGCCAGCUUCGAACAAGAGUGUCGACGGGUUUCAUCUGGUGUUCUUAUGUGCGACGACAUAAUAUGGAGUUUGGGGGAGGAUCAAAAACUGGGGUUGGGGGAAAUUUUUCUUUUCCUUUUGUUCUGGACGAGAAGUUCGGCGGAUGUAGAGAGGAUCCACUCACAAAUUUACUGUACUGUGUAGAAUCAUGUUCAUGAUUCUGAUACUCCAAGUGCCUCAGUUCCUCAAAUGUAGUACUACCAUAGCUAGGUAGUACCUUGGGUAAUUAGGCAUUGUUCAAUUCAGUGGAUCAACUUCUCAGCUACG